AUGGGAAGUUUACAGCAGCAAGCGACUGAUCUUGCACUUUCAAUAUCAUGGGGUGGAGGGAGCAACCGUAUAGCUGCUGUCAAUGUGGAGGGAAGCACGCCGGAAUCCUUCCCUAGUAACGACAACCAAAGCAGUGAUCAUGAUCAUGACCCAGACCAUGAGAAACCUGGAUGGAGAAAGUUUUUGUCAUUUGUAGGCCCUGGUUUCCUUGUCUCAAUAGCUUAUAUUGAUGCUGGCAGCAGCAAGCACUUAUCAGAAUUGUGCAAGGCUGAGUACCCAAAAUUGAUCAGAUAUUGCCUGUGGUUGUUUGCAGAGUUUGCCGUCAUAGCUGCUGACAUUCCUGAUGUGAUUGGGACAGCCUUUGCAUUAAAUAUGCUGUUUCACAUCCCAGUUUGGGCUGGAGUUCUCUGCACUGGUUUAAGCACUCUCCUCUUCCUGGGGCUGCAAAGAUAUGGGAUCCGACCUGGUGUUCCCAAGGUCCAGCAACAGCAAAAACAACAAGAGCAAUCACCACAGAAACAGAAACAGAAACAUCCAAAGCAAAAGCAACCGCCGCCGCCAUUGCCACCACCAGCGUCACCUUUUAUAAACCAACGUUCAUUGCCAACUCCACCAGGAACUCCUCGACAAAAGCUUAAACCCCCACCAGCUGGAUCCUACUUCGUCCUAACACCGGAGCCCCGAAGUCACUCUUUCAGGUCGGCACCACGUGCCCGGUCUGAGCGUUGGAGGUUAGAGCAACCCGCCCGGGUCCGACCCGAAUGUGUUUCACCUGGGUGCUUCCCAUCACCAUUGCUUAUGCGUAAAGGAAGCAAGAGGAAAACCCAAAAGCCCGAACCCAACUAUAUUUCGGACCUUGAGACUCCGUCGCGGUGGUCGCUAUCAAGCCGGAGGUCAUUUUCGCCGUUCUAUGGGUCACCGGCGUCAUCCUUUUCAUCUUUUAGGUCAUCGCCCCGACCCGUGGCGGAUGCCGAAUGGGCCGGGUUUGGACUUUUUUGAACAAAAAAAAGUUUGUAUAGCUCUUUUUUGAGUUUAAUCAAUUAAUGAUGCCUUUGAUAUAAAGGUUUUGCUUCUUGUUAAAUAUGGUUGUUUGAUAGCCUAAGUUGCACCAUGUCACUUAAGUUUGUUCCCAUUUCUUCCUCGCACAAGAUGUGAUGCUAAGGAAAACGGAAGAAAUCCCAAAGUUUUUAUUUAUAAAUGUCACAAUGCUUUGAAAAUCUAU